CAGAAUGGGCUCGGGGCUCUUAGACCUCUCCGGGAAGCUAGAGUCCCGACUCCCAGCCGGGGCCCCACCUGGCAUUCCGGGGGCGGGGGAGGGGGGGAACGCGCUCUGCAAAGGGGAAACUGAGGCCCAAGGAAUUUGUGUGCUUUUCCUAAGUCACAAAGCUGAGUCCGACCCACGCUCUGGGACUCCCACUUUAUCGCUCGGAAGAAUCUUCCCGGUUGUCUUCUCAUUGUGUCCUCCAGUCUUCCUAGUAAGCACACAGCCCCAAGACCACUCUUGACGCCUUCAGCCGUGCUAUGCAUGCCAGAGGUCCCCCUGGCCCACUGUCCCCGGCGCUGCCUCUUGCCUCCUCUGUCCUGAUGCUGCUGCUGAGCUGCCUGUGGCUGGUGGGGGCUGGCCCCAGCCUUGCCCUGGCCCCAGAGCUGCUGCUGGACCCUUGGCAGGCACACCGUCUGCUGACCCACGUCCUGGGCCACACGGCCCUACCUGGCCUCCUCCUGAGCCUGCUGCUCCUGCCCACACUGGGCUGGUGGCAGGAGUGCCACCUGGGCACGCUGCGGUUCCUGCAUGCCUCUGCCCUGCUCGCCCUGGCUGCUGGGCUAAUGGGUGUGCUGCUGGCAGGCCUCGGGGUGCCCAGCGCAGCUGGUGGCUGUGGCUACAUGCCUGUCCACCUGGCCAUGCUGGCGGGGCAGGGUUACCACCCUAGACAGCCCCAGGGGGUACUGCCACCGUGGCUGCUGCCGUGGCUGCUGCUUGCUGUGACACCAGUGCUCAGCUCUGAGCCACCCUUCCUGCAGCUAUUGUGCGGCCUCCUUGCUGGCCUCGCCUAUGCAGCCGGGGCCUUCCGGUGGCUGGAGCUCUCUGAGCGGCGGCUGCAAGCACUGCAGGAGGGCAUCUUGUGCAGGGCCCUGGCAGAGUGCUGGCCGGUCAGACUCCUUCCUACCCCAGGCAGCCUGGCCGAGCUGCCGGUCACCCAUCCUGCCGGAGUCAGGCCUCCCGCCCCCGGACCUCUUUACACAGCCUCCCCUAGCCUCUGGUCCCGCAGCGAAGGCUCAGCCCACCUCCCGCCAGGCCUAGGGCCUGUGCAGCUGACCUGGGAGGGCUCCUCUGAGGUGAGCCUGGCCUGGACCGGGCCCGUCUUCCCCCCAGGGACCCCGCUGUGGGCAGCCCUGGAUGAGCAGAUGCUGCAGGAGGGGAUCCAGGCCUCACUCCUUGAGGGGCCAGCCCAGUGUCCUGAGAGCCCACUACGGCUGCCUAAGUCCUCUGUCUCCUCUCUGCGGUUGCAGCAGCUGGAGCGCAUGGGCUUCCCCACAGAGCAGGCAAUGGUGGCACUGGCAGCCACGGGCCGAGUGGAGGGUGCCGUGUCCCUGCUGGUUGAGGGGGAGGUGGGCACUGAGGCCUUAGUGACUCAGGGGAGGGGCAGACCCGCCCACCCUGAGGGUCCUGGUCCCCCCUAGCACAUGCAGGCCCUUGGGUGACGAGGGGCUUGGCCUGUGGUUGGGGAGUCGGAGCCCCAGCCCCGUCUGCUGAGAGUCACAGUGUGGUGCAGGAGAGGCACCUCUGGCACCCCACCCUGGCACCGUUCAGAAUAAAAACAGUGCACUUUUUAACCUAGA